CGACCGGCCGGCGCGCCUUCUCCCAUCAGUUCUAUCUCUCUCUCUCACUCACUUACUCUCAAACCGCGUCAAUUGAUCUCUCUGGCACGCUCUUCGCUCGGCGAGCUGUAUUCGGUGUCGGUUUUCAGUCUGCGUCUCCGCGCCCCGGUGCAAUGCAUAUGUUCCAUCACGUUCUGCUCCUCUUGUUGCUCCGUGUGCUGCCGUGUUUUACGCAAUUUCAGGUACUGUACAGAGAGAAUCAGGAUCACAUCUGGAAUAGCUCGCAGCCUGUUCGAUUCUGGGAGCUUGUUGAGUAUAGGCCGACCACUACGCCGCCGCCGACCACUACGACAGAGUAUAUACCGCCACCGACGACUACUCCGACCACAACUACAACCACCAAAGAUCCAUGUGAAUCAUCGCAUCCGUUGGAUCUGACGCGUCGGCUACGGGACACUGCCGGCUACAAUCGUAUCUAUAUGGCCAGCGACUUUUCGUCGGCUCGCAAUGAGUUUCCUGAUCUCAGGGGUUUGGCUCACAAAGCUUCAACGGACUAUCAUUGCGGGAAGAGGUGCCAACGAUCGAGUCAACUAAUUCGAAAAAUCAUAAAAACCGGCCAACCGGCAGAAGCCGAACGUGCUUGGUGGGACGAGGAAGAGUGGGAGGAGGGCGAGAGACGCAGGAAACGAGCCAUCGAAUGGAAGGAUACAGAUGAUCGUCUGCUAAUGCGAAAUACCGGAACAUCACGUCAUAUUUUGGGAAUGACUGUGGCGGUGGAAUGCGAUGAUGAGACUGGAGAAUUUAAUAGUGGUGGAUACUCGUUGUGUACUACGUGCCGUGCUGUUCGACACUUGCCAUCCACGUAUUUUCCACGUGUCAUUAAUGAGCUGAUUUGCUCGCAGAAAGCGUGUUUGCGAGGAGAAGGAAAAUGCAUACAACGGGUUAUGCCGAUGAAGGUUCUCCGAAACGUGGGCACCCGCGAGUGUGCUCGCUGGCAAAUGAGCCAAAUCGACGUGCGAACGUGUUGUGAUUGUAUGCUCAAUCCGUCAUCACCACUGGUCACCUAUUUAUGAGCGAAAAAACCGGGGAAAAAAACACACAAAACAACUCAAAACUCAACAAAAAAAAAUAAUUUUACAAGAUUCAACGAAACAACAAAAAAAAGAAACAAUGGAAAUUAAAUACGGAUGCUGCUGCCAAAUAUGCUGCCAAAUUCAAAUUCUCGCCUUGUACACACGAUCUUUAUUGAAAACGGUGAUCAACGGGCACCCUCCACUCUGACCUUUUAUCUGAAAAUAAUUGUUUUAAAGAUUUAUUUGAUUAAAAACCUCGGCCACGGCCGCGACGCAGCCGCUCCGCACGCAGCUGCGUCGCGGUCGGGUGGAUCCUAACCUGAACUUCUCCCUCCAGCUCGUUAUCGUCGUCGACCACCUCGAACAGUUUGCUAGCCUCGAAUAGAAAUCUGAAAAAAAUAAAUUGGUUUUUUUUGA